AUGCCUUGGAUAAGACUCAUUGCAGAGUCGUGAAUCUAUCCCUCCGUAUCAUGGCCUACGUGAGACACUUUCGGACAUUAGUUUCGGGAUUUUACUUCUGGGAAGCAGCACUGCUACUCAGUUUGGUUGCAACAAAGGAAACAGAUAGUGCAAGAUCUCGAAGUACCUCAAUGUCGCCUUCUGACUUUCUGGAUAAAUUAAUGGGGAGGACGUCAGGGUAUGAUGCAAGAAUCAGACCCAAUUUUAAAGGCCCUCCAGUUAAUGUCACGUGCAACAUAUUUAUAAACAGCUUUGGUUCUAUUGCCGAGACAACCAUGGAUUACAGAGUGAAUAUCUUUCUUCGUCAGAAAUGGAACGAUCCUCGUCUUGCCUAUAGUGAAUAUCCUGAUGACUCCUUAGACCUAGACCCUUCCAUGUUGGACUCCAUUUGGAAACCUGAUUUGUUCUUUGCCAAUGAAAAGGGAGCCAACUUUCAUGAAGUGACUACAGACAACAAAUUGUUAAGAAUUUUCAAGAAUGGGAAUGUUCUUUAUUCAAUAAGAUUGACAUUAACACUCUCCUGUCCAAUGGAUCUCAAGAAUUUUCCAAUGGAUGUACAAACAUGUAUAAUGCAACUGGAAAGUUUUGGGUACACGAUGAACGAUCUCAUUUUUGAAUGGCAAGAUGAGGCGCCUGUACAAGUGGCAGAAGGACUCACUUUGCCCCAGUUUCUGUUGAAAGAAGAGAAAGAUUUACGAUACUGCACUAAACAUUACAACACAGGAAAGUUUACGUGUAUAGAAGUGCGAUUCCAUCUUGAACGACAAAUGGGCUACUACCUGAUCCAGAUGUACAUUCCCAGUCUCCUGAUCGUUAUUCUCUCCUGGGUUUCAUUCUGGAUCAAUAUGGAUGCUGCUCCAGCCAGGGUAGCCUUGGGAAUAACCACCGUGCUGACUAUGACCACACAGAGUUCAGGAUCACGAGCUUCCUUACCAAAGGUUUCGUAUGUCAAAGCUAUUGACAUUUGGAUGGCAGUGUGCCUCCUGUUUGUGUUUUCAGCACUUCUGGAAUAUGCAGCUGUAAAUUUUGUAUCAAGACAACACAAAGAACUUCUGAGAUUUCGUCGAAAGAGAAAGAAUAAGACAGAAGCUUUUGCAUUGGAGAAGUUUUACCGUUUCUCAGACACGGAUGAUGAGGUAAGAGAAAGCCGAUUCAGCUUCACAGCCUAUGGAAUGGGACCCUGUCUGCAAACAAAAGAUGGUGUGACCCCAAAGGGCCCAAACCAUCCUGUCCAGGUAAUGCCGAAGAGCCCAGAUGAAAUGAGGAAGGUCUUUAUCGACCGGGCCAAGAAGAUUGACACCAUCUCCCGAGCCUGCUUCCCAUUAGCCUUUUUGAUUUUUAAUAUUUUCUACUGGGUUAUCUAUAAAAUUCUUAGGCAUGAGGAUAUUCAUCAGCAACAAGAUUAA